AUGGGUGUUCAGAAGACCAUCAUCUCCGAGGGCAGCGGCCCCUCUCCCAAGGUUGGCGAAAAGGUCACCAUCCAAUACACCGGCUGGGUCAAGGACGAGUCCAAGCCUGACAACAAGGGUGAUCAGUUCGACAGCUCCGUCGGCCGCGGUGCCUUCGUCGUUACCAUUGGUGUUGGCCAGGUCAUCAAGGGCUGGGAUGAGGGUGUUACCCAAAUGCAGCUCGGCGAGAAGGCCCUUCUCGACAUCACCCCUGACUACGGCUAUGGCGCCCGUGGCUUCCCCGGCGCCAUCCCUCCCAACGCCACUCUCCUCUUCGAGGUUGAGCUCCAGAAGAUCAACUAA